UUCUCGAGCGCCACUGGCUAUAAGCGCGCAGUUUGUGUGCAAGAGGACGCAUCUUUUGCUGCGCCGUUCGAGGAAGGUUACUGACCACUGCGAAAGGGAAUCGCAGAGGAAUCGACCGAUUCGCCAAACGACUUCCUAGGACGUCAGCUGAGAACUGCGACAACUCGGCUGUGUUGGCAGCUGCUAGGUGGUUGCCGUUCUACCUCCAGAGAUGCCGCGAACGAAGAAACCAAGGCCACGCCAGUCGUCCCUGCUCCACGGGAAAGCUUUGAGCCCGGACCAAAUAAAGUACCUGGAGUGUAUGGUCAGAGAGCUUGAAUGCACUCUGGAGAGUUCGCGUUUAGCCAUGCAGGAGAAGACCGACAGGAUCUGUCGCAACGUCGACUUGUGGUACGACAGGAUUAUUCGCACAGUGCCGGAGGAAAUUCUCAAGCGGCCCUUCAGGGAGGUGUGGGAUACUGCUGUGCCCAUUACGAACAUGUCUGCCACCUCAUCAGUGUCAGUGGCAAGCACGUCUUUGCCUGACGGUGAAGUACCACUCGACCCAAAGCCCUCAACUGCCACUACAGUGAGGCAGAGAGCGAUUCUGGCGAGUGCAAAGGCCAAGAAGACAGCUAGCCAGCGCCGCUCGGCAAUCUCCAAGAAGAAAGCGUCCGACGAGGCGCUCGGUGUACCGAAGUCUACCAAGAGGGCCCGUAAAGCGAGCGUGCGCACGCCAGUCCUCCACACCCGGACAACUACUGGUGUACCCAUCGUGACUCCGAAGUUUGACAUUCGCAAGCGGCCAGCUUCAGCACGACCGGUGCGACGGGGUGAAACACUGCUGUCUCUCUCGGGCAGUCCAGUCGAAGCAAAAACUUCAGGCGUGCCCAUUCACGUCCACGUGAACAAUGGCCAGGUGGUGAAGGUAACGACCAGAGACAAGUCGCUUAACGAGCUGUGCAAGGCAAUCAAGACCCUCUGCGAGAAGAUGUAA